AUGCGCAUAGGUGAAAGACAUGGGAAUCCAGAUACGCAAAAACUUGUUCAGACAAUCGUCUUUGGGCUGAAUUUUCUUCUUACUUUUGUUGCUCUAACCUUUCUUUUUUUGGAUCCCUAUGAGCCUCCUCUUCCGAUAAUCUACAUCAACUCCUUGGUUAACUUUCUUUUCCUCUCCCUCUACACACGGUUCACGUUUCCAUACCCCGACGCGCUAGGAUUUUCGCUUCUAAGUGUUCUGCGUUCGUCUGCUUUAACCUUUCUGAUGCACCUCCCUCUCAGCAUACAAUACUUUAGAGAGACAUCCGUUUUUUACUCGUACCUAAUUUUGGUACUCCUGGUCAACAUUCAUCACAUUUAUAUCCUCAUGCUCUGCGUUGACCUUAAAGUAGGAAUACAAAUGCUAAGCACUGUGUGA